AAGGACGUGCUUCAUUCACUCCGGCUGCACAGGUUGUACGGGAAGGGGAGUGAGACCAGAAGAGAUAGAAUAUUAGCAGGAGAAAGGAAAGAGGACAGGAGGUAUACAACAAAAUUGUGUUCAGAUUAUUGUUUUUCCAAUAGAAAAGUGAGGUAGUGAAGGAGUGAGGCAGGAGACAAGUAUUCAGGCGUGGGACUACCCAGCAGCCUCCAAGGCGGUUAUAUUGAUCUUCAGCAGCGACCCCCUCCUCUCCACUGGGAGUCAGACCCCCCAGGAUCCAGAACCAUGGAGCCCUCUGUGUCGACCGAGGUCGAGGGGGAGACCAAGGAGAGGAAGAAGAUCCAAUUUGCUGUGCCGGCAUCUGUGGCCACCAACCUGGACCCUCGGCAAGUGGAGAUGAUCCGACGCAGGAGGCCAACACCAGCCACGCUGUUCAGAGUAGCCGACCAAACGUCUCCUGAGGACGAUCAGUCCACCCAUCAGGUAAAGUGGGUUGUCGGCGAGAACGGAGUGCUCAAACCAAAACGUGUCAAUCCAAACGUGUACCAGCCUCCAUCACUCAAAGCUGUGCAGAAGAUGGCGGAGGCACAUAUGCAGCACCUAGGUGUCCACCCGACUUUGGAAGACCCUUGUGAAGGGGAGGAGGAGGAGGACCACUGGCAGAGAGAGGAGGGAGAGGACACGUCUCCCACCAAAGCUGCUGAUCACCAAGAGACUGCGACCACCGGGCAAUCAGUCAGGUUUGCCAGCGUGAGAGAGACGGCCAGGCAGAUCCAAGCAGCACAGGAGGAAGAGGAGGACGAGGAGGACGAGGAGGAAGAAAGGGGCAAAAUCAAGGAAACGACACAGGAGAACAGCCGAGGGAGUAACUGAGAGAGAGAGGGAGAGAGAGAGGGGCAAACAUUUGCAGGGAAUUACUGGGAGGAGUGAAGGUGUUUUGUCAAAUGGUUAAAAUCUGAAGAGUGAGAUCUGAAUGAUAGAUCCGGGAAAUCAAACAUGAGCAAAGAUCUCUGUACUUCACCUCUAAAGAUUGAAAGGUACAGGUGGAUUAAAGAGAGGACAGAGAGGCAGUUUGUGUGUAAGAAGUCAGCCUUUAUGAGCAGGUGAGGAGUGAUCUACUGACAGAGCAGAAUACAGACGCCACCUUGGCCCUCAUGUCCCUUUGUUUAUAACCAGAGUGGAGGGGCCAACAAGGUCAACACGACCAAACAUCCUGUAAGACCAGUCCUCCCUUCCCCUCAAUGCUUCUGCACAGAGCUAAUGUUCCUUUAAACAGGGCCAUAAUUACCACAAUAGUCUCACUCACACAUGUAAACUCUCUUGGGCACAUUUUCAACAAAGACUCUCUCUGGUAUGACCCUUUCAAAAAUACUUGAAGGUCUUUAAAUGUGUGUGUUCCACUUUAUUUUCAUUUUUCUGAUUUGCAGCAUAUUCAUUGUUUUACCCUGAGAUUAAAUGUGCAUGCACUGCUAUCUUGUGGUGAAAGUAAGAACAGCAAGUUUAAAGUGAUACUCCAGCUAAUAUCUGCCUUGUAUUAAGUACUUAAAGUUAUAAUCCUUAAUAUUUUUCAUGGAGCGAAAUCCAGUUUUAAUGCUUGUUAUGGUCGUCAAUUCAGUUUGGUCAUUCAGUUCUAUACUGUAGUUCCUCUUUUUUAGUGGCGGGGUCAGCCAUUCCCAUGUGGGAGUCAAAAUGCCAACCUAAGCACAAGGGAUUUGCAGGAAGCAAUGUAGCAUUAAUUCAUUUAAUUUAAAAUUAUCUCAUGAUAUCAGCCCAACUCUUUAUUCUUCAGUUUCCUCACACUGUAUCAGAGCUGUGUUAAGUAACCACAUACUGAAAUCCUGUGGACCUCUUAACAGCUUGAAAGAUGGUUUGCAAAAGGGAUGUGGUCAACUUUCAACAAGUCCUCCAAGCCAUACAGCCAUAUAUCAGCAUAUGAGGGUUUUUUCCUUCCCUCCAAUAUGACAUGCAGGAGUGUUUCCUAAAUUUACACACCCUCAUACCUAGACAGUCACAGUUUUAAAAUAGGUUGUGAAAGGUCACAGUUGGUUGGGAUUAGACAUCAAAACUACUUGGUCAGGUCAGGAAAAAAUCCAAGGUUUUGGUUUAAAUAAAUAUGUUUGUAAGUUACAUAUGAGACACAAGUUACGUUGGUUAAAUAUCUUACAUGAUGUAAGUGAAAUAGGCUGCAUUAGUUAAUUUGCUUAUUUAAGUUAAAAUAUUCAGCAUUGACUUCACACGGGACACAAACAGCGGUCUCCUAGGUCAAAGGUCUCCUCUGUGUGCGGACUUUGCCGCUUUUAUACUACAUCACCUGACUUCCUGCUUUGCCACUUGAGGUUGCCCAAAUAAUAAACAAAAAUAUGGGUCUUAAUGUAUACUAACAAGUGACCUAUGGGGUCAUUUUUUUAAAAUUCAAACAAAUUUACUUCAUGUUUGUUACAAUAAUAGAAAUUUUCAUGGUCUAAAAAUGCCCACUUUCUCAUACCAUUUCUAUACAACCUGCUUUUAUUCUGCUUAGAAAUAUUCUCCAAUACGUCAAUCAAAAUUGAGUGAAUCUGUAAUAAAUGUUCUAAAAAUACAAAAAAAAUUAGGUGGAGUAUCACUUUAUGUAAGUUUCAGUGAUAAGCAACAAAUUGUUUUGUCUAUAGUUAUGUUAAAUCCAUGAGCAAAUGAGUGUCUGUGUGUUGGUAUUCCAUAGCACACUUUUCAUAUUUGAGUAUACUUAAAAAUGAAUCUUUAAAGGGCAAAGCUACCUCUAAUUUUAUUUUGAAUAACCCAACCUUCGCCUCCAUGCAUCACACGUUUAAGCUGGAUUCAUUGUGAACUGACGUCAUAUUAAGAAAUGAAGAAAAAUGUGAUUUAAAACCCAAUACAGUUGACUCAUUUGGGAUUCCUCAAUGCUCACAGAUUCCCUUUUGUAUGUUAACGCUUUUCUAUCUUCAUCUUUUUAAUUCUAUAUCUGUUGUAAGAGCUAUUUUUCUAAUCUAAUGUCCAGCCCAGAUCUGUCCUGUUUCUACUGUCUGUAUCCAACUCACAAGCCUGAAACCAGUCACUGCGGCUACUUUAUGGCUGAAAGGUAACUGCACUAGGUCUUUUUACCACAGAUAUUCACUUGGUUUCUCUUUUCUUGGAGUUAACAACAAUGUAUGAGUGUUUUAGUCAGUCUUUAUCUCAUGUAAUUUACAGUUUAAUUGAAAAUACAGGCUUUGAUGUAUAAGAAGGUUUCCAUUUGCAGCACAGGAUGAAUAAAUCUUGCUCUUUGUAUCAUCUGGGCUGUGGUUUGUAUAUAAAAACUGUGUGAAACUUUGACCUCUGACCUGCCCAAGUAGUGGGGCGACUGGACGAGGCUCCGCAGCCGACGCUGUCCUCCCUCCUCCGCUCUGUCCACCUCCCCUCUUCAUCCUGGGUAAGAAGAAGACAACCAUGGAAAGACAUGUAUGAACUCUUUAUGCUUAUUCUGUCUUUAUUUUUAUUUUAUUUUUUUCCAUUCUCUUGUUUCUCAAUGUGAUGUGGUUGUUAUAAAGUGAGCAACAAUAUGAUAUCAAAAUAAACAGUUUAUCCUUUUCUCCUUUAAAA